AUGGCCUCUUCAGCGUCGUCCUCCACUUCCUCCUCCUCCUCCUCGAGCUCCAUCCACCACGCGAGCCUCGUCGACCCUGCUAAUCACUCUCCCGCUCUUCUUGAGCUCAUCGACAUCAAGGUUUCGCGUCCAGUCAUUGAAUAUGUUGUUGACUGUGUAGUGGAGACCGUUGACUACGCAAUGGGGCGACCAUCCUCCUCCAAGCGCGGACGCUCACUAAUGCACCGCCCGGAACAUGCAAAGUUUUCAACUUUCGUCACAAAUGUCAUAACGAGGGCAGAAAUAACAACACCCACGAUAUUGGCCGCACUUGUCUACAUUGAUCGUGCACGGCCGCAUCUACACAUCGCUUUGGAGGAGUGGGCUCUGGAGCGAGUAAUUUUAGGCGCCAUAAUCGUUGCGUCAAAGUACCUCAACGAUUCCACAUUGAAAAAUGUUCAUUGGGCACUCUGUACAGGCGUUUUCGGCAAGAGGGACGUGGGUCGCAUUGAACGCGAAUAUCUCGACGUCCUCAACUUUGAACUCGGCGUUUCCGAGGCGGAUCUGCUGAGCCACUACCACAGUCUAAUGGCAGUUGCCGUCCCCCCACCUCAUUACCACCCUCGCACAUCAACCUUCCCUCCCUCACCUCAACGCCACCACCGCCGUUCUUCCUCCAUUCCCGAGCUCGACCCUUCAAGUCCUCACUCCUCGGGCUCAUCCGAUGGAUCAGCGUCUCCAGCUACACCACCUACACCUAUCACACCACCGCAUGUCCCUGCGACGAAGUCGACGCAACACGCGCUUCCGACUAACAAGCCUUCGGGCAAGUCGUUCCAAACGACAACCCUGGAUCUGCUGCGUGCAUUCCCUAUUCCAAUACCUACACAUCGGUCUGGAUCUCAUCCCAUCCGACUAUCAGCAUAACCCCCCCUCUGCUCUUCUUGGUUCUUGGCUGCUAUAUCUCUUUCGUUCUUUUCAUUUGUCAUCUGCCUGUCGAGUUCGACCUACACCAAAAGCUACUACUUCUUAGAGCUGCUGAUCCCACAUUUAUUCUUAUUCCCACCCGCUAUCAGGGCAAGCUUCACCUCUCUCUCUGUGUCCAUGUAGUUUCCAUUCCUAACGCUCGCUAUCUAUCAUUAUCGCUGUUGUUUCCGCUAUUCUACCACCAUCAUAGUCCCCCCAUCAUUGCAUUCCAUACUUUGCAUUCAUCCCGUACAUUCAUACUUGCAUUCAUUACAUGUGUCGAUUAGCGACUCAUACAUCGCAAUGAAAAUCAUUCCGGAAAUUUGAAUAAUUUU